CUCGCCGAUGCCACCCAGCCAGUUGGGAAGCGAACUGGAACCAGUUGGACGGGAUGGCAGCCGGCGACACCGGCGACUGGCACCGCUUCGAGCGCGCGCUCCGCGGCAGCCUGCGCCUCCUGCGGGACAGUCUCCGGCAACGGGAAGAGCCGCCGGGCAGGACAGAGCGCGUGGAGGCGCAGGAGCAAGAGCAGCAGCUCAGCGCCCUGGAGGCCUUGCCGAUUGAUGUCAAGUUAUACAUUCUCUCCUUUCUCACACCCGAAGAUCUGUGUCAUCUGGGAAGUACAAGUCAUUAUUGGCAGCCAAUAGCUAAGGACCCUUUGCUCUGGAGAUACCAUCUCAUUCGAAAUAUCCCUUCUUGGCAUUCUAUUGACUGGAAGUCUCUCCCAGAUGCAAAUGUUUUAAACACACCUUUCUCUGCACCCCUUGAAGGUGACUACAUGGCAGUAUAUAAGAAGUGUUCUUCGUGUCAGAAAAGACCUCUGAAAUCCAGUCAGUCCACUUAUAGAAUCGUGACUUCCCUUUUACAUUCGUUGGUCACAAAGACAGAACCCCGCUUUGCUAUGUUUGGCCCAGGACUGGAAAACUUGGAUGAAUCUUUGGUGCAUAAAAUGAUGACGAGUCCAGAUGUUUUGCCGCUCGCUGGUAUACCUCACAGACAAAUACAUGGGAUAGGAUCAGGAGUCACAUUUCGUUGUAAGAAUCACCAGAGAUUCAAUAUUCUGACCCUAUAUUCAAAGACAAGCAAGGAAAGACACACAGCCAGAGAAGAGUCCGCCAAUCCCAUCAACAAGAUGUUCCAUGAAACAAACAACAUUGAUGGGACGGUGCAGUACAAUCCAAUUGAACAUGUUAAAAACCUGUGCCAGCUGGUUGAUGGGUUUAUCUACGUUGCAGAUGCUGAAGUCCACAAGAGACACAGACGGCAGACUGAAGUUGCUCAGAUGGUGGCAAUGCUUAAUCCGGCCCUUGGGCCUCCAGGGAGACCUGUGCUGAUUUUAUCCUGCAUUUCUAGCACUGGGAUUGAGAGAAUUCCUUGUGUUUACAUGGCAUAUCAACUACAACUCAACUCACUUGGCCAACCAUGGAUGAUUCAGGAUACCGAAGCUGUGACACUGGCAGGACUGUUGGAUGGAAUUGAUUGGCUCUUGGGAGAAACUGGAUAUGAUACCGCCCAAUGAUCAGAGAUGGUUAGAGUGCCAAAAGAAUGUCAUUUUAAUGCCUCGUUUACAAGGAGUGAUUGAUGUGAACAGUCACUUUUCUCAAAAUUUGGAAUGAGAUGAUGGCUACUCAUGAGGAUCCGUUCUAAAUCACUUCAAUUUAAAAUACAGAUCUGGAAGUGCAGAGAGGUAGGAUGGGAUUCUUGCAGCAUCAUACUGUCUGUGAUACCAAAUCUUAGAAGGUCUCUCAGUAAGCUGCAGGUCUCUGUGAAUGACCAAGCUAAGCUGCUGCCAGUGGGUACUCAACUACAGGGUCACUCAGUGUGCCCACAAAUGGUCCAUAAGCUACUUGCUGGAGUAGAGCUACAGUGAAGUCUUCUGCCUGGAACUCGAAUUCCCCAGAGACUGUCUUUCCUUGUACAAACUUCCCUGUUAACUCAAUUUCUCUAGUCAAGUCCUGAGUUAGAGACCAACAGUGUGUGGACCAUGAACAGCUGACACUAGAAGCACAGAGCUUUUCCAGGUGUUGCCCUAAGAUUGUGGAGUUUGGGGAUUUCUCCCCUUCACUCUGUUUUAGGAAAGGUGGUAUCAAGUAUGCUAAAAAGGGGGGAAAGGUAAUUCCCCUUUCACAAGCCCCAAAACAGAGGAGCUAUCUCCUAAGGAAUUAUUCCCCAUUUUCCCCUGAGUUCGUCUGGAAUAAUCAGCACCUGAGCCCAUAUCGCCUUUCAGCACAACAACAAACAAUUUUAUUUAAAUAAACAGAAAAGCUAAAUGUCCCUUAGUACGAUUGAGGAACACAUAAACAUAUAAAGAAAAACAGAAGUAUGUACUGUUAUUCAAACUAGUAUUUAGGGUCUCGUAUGGUCCUAUGCCCACAGGUGAGUUGAUUGGGUCCCUGCCUAGAAUCCCCAUGUCCACUGGCUUACACCAAGAAGGGUCCCAGCUAUCCCCUCAGGAAGCUGGUAUUCCACUUCAAAACUGACCAGUCUCCCUCAGGUGCUUCCCUGCAGCCAUAUCUAGGAGACCUCCUUUAUAUGGAGAGUGAACAAGCCCCAAUGAUACACUCCAAGGGUCACCCUAAUUUUACUUCUUUGGUAGCCCUUUCAGGUUUUCAGGCUCAGACCCCUUUCUCGGAGUCUCCUUUCCUGGGACUCUGCCCCAGAAAACAGAAAUCCCCUCAGGAUUCUUGCUGCCCUUUUUUCUACCCUCGGGCAAUUUCUCCCACCCAAUCAGGACCGGGCAGGAAUUAACCGUCUCCAUGCUGUCUAUCACUUGAAACUACCUCCCCUAUGGGCGUUUGUCACAUGGUACAACUCACCGUGUUCAUUUGGCUUUUCAUCUGUAGAUUUGUGUGGGUUUUUUACGGGGGGGGGGGCAUUCUAAAUUGUAAGUGGCUUUGAAUUUUUUGAAUUUAUUAAGUGUAUUUGUGUGUAUACACAAGGGGAACAUAUAAUUAAGCAAUACUGUAAUUUGGAUUAUUUACAGUUGAAUUCAUGGUAUUUCAAUAUUUAGUAAAAGGUUUCAAUUGCUGGAAAAACAUCUUGUUUUUUCUGAAAGAUAGUUAUAUGCAGUUUGUUCAUUAACAUGAUAUGCUAUAAUCUCUAUAAAUAUAUUUCUCUUCUAGAUACAUUUUGUAUUUUCAGGACUGAGCUCAUAAAAAUCUUGCAACA